AGCUUGUUGAGAGCUUCUCGGCAUCCAGACGAUCCAAACGACGUCGUUUGGACUUUGUUGAUUGCUGCUGCUGGUAUGGAGCGUCGGCGCUCGUGGAUGUUGUUUUUGCUGCUGGCGCUGCUCUCGUUGUUAGCGCCCGCGGUUGCGAAGUCACCAACGUCUUUCUGCAAAUGCACCUGCUUCGGCAAGAGCAGAAUCUUCGCCCUCGAUCCCCCUGCCGAUUCGGAGAAGCCGAAGCCGCCAUCCUCGCGAUCCCUCGAGGAGCGCGCCUCGCGGAAGAAGACGUGCAAUGAUUGCAAUCGGCAGUUCUGUUUGGGAUAUACCUUCUGCAAAGGGGAGAAGGAGGAGAAUGUCUUGACGGCGUGUUUCCAGCGCGAUUCUGCGAAGGACCAGGCGGUGGUUUACAUCUUCAUCAUUGCGACUGUGGGGUUGUUGAGCUAUGCGGCUGUGAGGCCUUGGGUGGAUAAAUGGGCAGAGAGGACCCGCGAGCGAAGAGACUAUAUUCCAGUCUCAAGUCAGACGGAUCAGUGAUCCUAGAACCCAAUCGAUAAUGAGUGCAUGACGCAAGGCGUUCAGGAGACGAUAACUGAAAUUGGCUAGUGAAGUCUUUGAAUUAUCGACAUGAAUUUUAAGGAUACCCAAACGAACACCUAGGUCCAACAUACGCCCC